CCUUUGUGUCUUGUCUCAAUAUUUCGAUCAGAGCAUAGAAAGAAACAUAAAGAAAAAGAAGAUAACUAGACAUGUCCACAGCAACAGCUCUUCUGAUUCUGUUAAUGGCUGCUUCUUUGGUGUAUGGAGUAGACCACAUUGUUGGUGGCAACGCUGGCUGGAGCACAGUAGUUAAUUACUACGUUUGGGCUGCUGCUCAAAAUUUCACCGUCAAUGAUACUCUUGUGUUCAACUACGAUACCAAGUACAGCGUGGAUAAAGUGAAUCAAACCGACUACGACGCCUGUAACUCCAGCCAUCCCCUCGGAUCCUACGUGGGAGGAAGCACGGUAAUCACUCUAUCAAACGCCGGCAAGAUGUACUUCAUAUGCCCCACCCCCGGUGCUUGUGCUUAAGGCAUGAAGCUAGCAGUCAACGUCUCGUCGGACGGUGGUGCUCCGCUUGCCAAUUUGAUGCUUGGGGUUUUCCUUGUGGUGGCGACUAUGCUCGCCUACAUGGGCUAGCAUGCACGGAGAGAAAGCAUCUUUGUUGUGUUUUAAGGGGUUUUUUAUUUUAUUUUUUUGUUUUAUUUUGUUUAGACGAUAGGAUUUGAAUCCUAUCAUGCAAGUCAUAAAUGUUUUCUUUAGAGCUUUUGUUGAACUUCUAUGAUUUUUGACCAAGACAUGUUGGUGACAUGAUUUCUUAUGAAUGAAUAAAUUAA